AUGACAAAAUAUGUAAUUGAAAAUGGUUUAAGAAAAGUAAAACCGUACUAUCUAACUUAUAAGACUCCAGUUAAACUCCGAUGGUGUGGAAGGACAUUGACCAAAAUUUUUCAAACAGACUUUGGGGAGAGAGAAGAGGAUAUCGUCAGUGAUAUCAAGAAUAAUCACCUCUAUAUCCUCAGCAAUGUUGGCCGAGCAGGUGGCCCUACAGAAAUUAAAGGGUGGGAUUUACUUCAACUGAGACAAGUCGAUGGAAAAGACGUCAUCUAUCACCAAAAACACAAGCAUGAGCCCAGCGUACCUUGGGUACAUGAGUCCAUAGGCAUUGCAAUCAUUUAUCAAGAUUCAGAUUUGGUUGUGGUGAAUAAACCAGCAGGAAUUCCGACUCAUGCAACAGGUAGUUAUAUGUACAAUAGUGUUGUUGAAAUUUUAAAGGAGCAACUAGGUACAGAUUCUAUUUGGCCAUGUCAUAGAUUAGACAAGGUAACUUCAGGUGUGCUAAUUCUAGCGAAAUCUAAAGAGGCAACAUGCAAAAUGCUGAAGCUUAUUCAAGAAAAAAAGACCAGUACUGAAAAAAAAUAUCUUGCAAGAGUGAAGGGCAAAUUUCCCGAAGGUGAAUAUGUUUUCAAUUGUCCCGUAUUUCUGGUUAACGUAAACGGAGGAUACUUGCAGCCACCAAAUCUGCAUCAACUACAAGCCAAUUCAACAACAAUAUUUACGCGUUUAUCAUACAAUGACGAUCUAGACCAAAGUAUUGUUCUAUGUAAACCUAUAACAGGCAAAUUUCACCAGAUUCGUAUCCAUCUUCGGAACUUGGGAUAUCCAAUUGCUAAUGACUUUUUAUAUAAUCCUGAAUCAGAAAGUUCGAAUGAAAUAAUUAAAGCCAAGAAUCAACUAGAACUUGAAUUGUACCAACAAUUGUUUAGAAAAUAUCCCAAGUUUGAACAAUUGCAUCAGCUAGACAAAUACUCCCGAACUGAUGACGAGAUUGUAGAUCUUUUGGAAGCCAUCAACUGGGACAAUGACAACACUAUCAAAGAAGCUUUGCAGAUACUAAAGAAUAGACAAGCUAAGAAGGUUGAUGAGGAUAAAAAUUCCGAGCAGAGGUGCACCACUUGUAACCGAAAGCUCUUCAAUGUGGACAAGGCAGUGAACCCCAUAAUAUGGCUCCAUGCACUAAGCUAUUCUCUUGCGGACGACAAGAAUAGUUACAAGUUUGAAACAGAAUAUCCCCAAUGGAGUCAUUUAUAA